UGCAUGAUUGCUUGCGCGAUUUGCAAAGCCGUCCAGACUUCAGUCUAUCUCCUUUGGACUUUGGACACAGACCAGCAUGAUAAGACUAGAACAGGGAGUCAAUGAUCAGAUUCCAAACUGACGUGUAGGUCAAUUGUCGACGUGCUUGUGUCUUGAUACCAGACGGUUCUCCAUAGAGCGCCUUAUUCUUCUAUCGAAUGGCUUCUCGUACAGAAACGGAUGAAGAGGCUGCUUUGGAAGCGAUCGCAACACUGCAGAACUGCUCGGGGGAGCAAAAAAAGGCUCAAGAAGAGAUAGAUACCCUCCUUCUCGAUGAAAACCCCUUCGCCAACAUCAAUGAGUUGUUUCCGUUGUAUGACACCUUGUACUUCCGUGGUCUCCUCCUUCGCGACCGGGUGGAGGUAUCUUGGUCAAGUAGGUUGACAUUGUGCGCUGGAAUAUGCGAACUGCUCAAAGACAAUGCUGGAAAGUAUAGGCGGAUCCGAGUCAAGCUGUCCGAACCGCUGUUGAAGUAUCGCACGCGAGAGGACACUGUAAAUACGUUUCUCCAUGAGUUAAUGCACGCAUACUUCUUCGUCACAACCUCCUUCAAACACUCCCGCGAAGACGGCGGACAUGGACCAGGAUUUCUCCUCCUCGCCAAUUCUAUCAACAACCACGGGAGCUACUUCAUUACGGUAUUCCACACAUUCCAUGACGAGGUCGACAGCUAUCGUACACACGUGUGGCAAUGUAACGGCUCCUGCAAAGACCGGCCACCAUUUUUCGGCCUCGUCAAACGAAGCAUGAACCGCCCUCCGUCGAAAUCGGACUUCUGGUGGACGCGCCAUGAAGCAGAGUGCGGCGGCGAAUACACCAAGAUUGCGGAACCGAAGCCUACCAAGGCGCAGAUCGCGUCUUUGUCCGCGAAGGAACGAGCAGGCCGGCAGAAAAAUAAGAUCAAUGCGUGGCUUACGCCGGCGGCAGAUGCAGGCCCGGUUGACGCAGGCACCGAGGCCUCUCGUCGUCCUGUAAGAAAGCGGGCGGCGGACGAACAGACGGAGCUGACACCGAAGAGGGCGACCGUGGAAUGCCCGAUCUGUAACGCCCGUGUCGCAGAAACAUCGAUCAACGAUCAUCUGGACAACGAGCACUCUUCAUGA